AUGGCGUCAAAUAAUUUUUCUCUUUCGAUACCUACAUUCAAAGGAGAUCACUAUAAUUCAUGGGCUAUCAAAAUGAAAUCAUAUUUGAAAGUUAUGAAUCUAUGGGAAUUAAUUGAAAGUGAUGUUGAAUUAACCCUUCUUCCACAAAAUCCAACCGCAGCUCAAAUCAAAAAACGUGACGAGGAAGCGGCAAAAGAAGCAAAGACACUCUCAUGUAUUCAUUCGGCGGUGUCGGAUGGAAUCUUUACAAGUAUCAUGACUUGCGAGUCACCAAAAGAGGCAUGGAGCACGUUAAAGGAAGAGUUUGAAGGAAAUGCUAAAACAAAGUUGAUGCAAGUUUUGAAUCUCAAACGAGAAUUCGAGAUGCAGCGAAUGAAGGGGAACGAAACUAUUAAGGAAUAUGUGAGUAAGCUUAUGAGCAUUGUUAAUCAAAUAAGGUUGUUUGGUGAAAUAUUUGCCAACGAGAGGGUUGUUGAUAAAAUUCUGGUGAGUGUUCCUGAAAAAUAUGAGUCUAAAAUAUCCUCACUUGAAGAUUCUAAAGACCUAUCCAAAAUAACCCUAGUGGAAUUAGUCAAUGCUCUUAGUGCCGUAGAUCAAAGGAGAUUAAUGAGGGAGGAAGAAAAUGGAGGAAAAAUUGAAGGACUCCUAUUAGCGAAAAGCCACUACAAGAAAAUGGGCUAA